UACAACAGUGUGCGACCAGACAUCACAGAGUGAGGGUGCUGCGUCGCUCUCUCAGGUGUUCGCGAGUGUGAGAAAUUAACGUUCCUGUCUAAUGUUACUCGGUGAUUUUGCGUGAAUAAACCCAACUUUUAUCCAAACAACUCAUUCCUGCAGUCUCAUAACAAGGUGUGAGGGAAAACAACAACUGGCGAGGGUAAAGAACAACAGGACUGAGCGUGGAGGAGGAGGAUGGCUACCGAGGAGCGGCUAGAUUUGAGCCUAGACCAGGUGGUGGUGGCGGAGCCAGGACCUGGUAACUCAUACCUUAUAAACAACAACACCUAUAUCAGUGAGGAAGAUGUCUACAGUGGCUACAGAUGCGCUCGUCUGGGUCUUCUCCUGCCGUUCUUCUCCGAGUACACUUGGCCGGAGGGAGUGCGAGCCUUUUUGUACCUGGCGGGGCUCCUCUACUGCUUCCUGGGCGUGGCUAUCAUCGCUGAUAUCUUCAUGGGUGCUAUCGAGAAGAUCACCAGCAAGACCCGCAAGGUUUAUCUGACCUCAGAGAAGGAGGACGAGCCGGAGGUGAUAGAGGUGCGGAUCUGGAGCGACGCAGUGGCCAACCUCACACUAAUGGCCCUCGGCUCGUCAGCGCCGGAGAUCCUUCUCUCCAUCAUCGAAGUCAUCGGUAACAACUUCGAAAGCGGCGAGUUGGGCCCCGGCACCAUCGUAGGCUCGGCCGCCUUCAACCUUUUCAUCAUCUCUGCUGUCUGUGUCAUGUCAAUCCCCAACGGCGAGACCAGGAGAAUCAGAGACAUAAAGGUGUUUGGAGUGACGGCGGUGUUCUCGGUGGUAGCGUACUUAUGGCUGCUGAUCAUCCUAGUGGCGGUGUCUGCGGACGAGGUGGAGGUGUGGGAGGCGCUGGUCACGGUGCUAAUGUUCCCUGCACUGGUGCUGCUGGCCUGGCUGGCUGAGAAGAACUUCUGUGGCGUCCCCAACAAGACCGACACCAGUAAACAAAUUGAGCUUGGCAAUUUUCAGCCAGGUGAGAAGGAAGCGCUGAUGCCAUGUGAGGAUUGUCUGGUGUGUAUAGGGUUAAGGCCCCGUCGUGCCCUCCCUGCGGACAAGUUCCUGAGACAGCAGCAGUAUUUCAAAGAUGGUCGUCUGGAUCGUGAUGGGUUGGUUGCUUUCAUCAAGGAGGUUAAGAACUAUCCUGGACUCACUGAUGAGGACGCUGCUGUGCUUGCUGCCUCCAAACUUGUUGAAUCGCAGAGCCAUUCUAGGAUGUGGUACCGCGUGGGUGCUGUGCGUAGCAUGACUGGUGGACGCAAAACUCAACCUCAGCUCUCGUACAAACUUAAAGAAACUAUUGAAUCUCUAAUGACUGCUAGAGACAGUGUCUACAGUGCCAUGAAUGAACAUCCUGAGGCACCAACAGUGGGUGAGGUACCCAAGGUGACCCCUAGCAAGAAUGCCAUCAUCGACUUCCAUUCUGGCUCCUGUGCUGUUAUGGAAAACAUUGGGAAAUUUGAAGUUGCCAUAUGUCGUUCUGGCAGAACUGACAAUGAAGUUAGUGUCAGGGUUGAAACUAUAGAUGGAACAGCAACAGAGGAGCAAGAUUAUGUUGCCAUCAAUGAGGUCAUCACUUUUAAACCUGGAGAAACAGAGAAGUUUGUUGAAGUGGAAAUCAUCAAUGACAAUCAGUGGGAACCAGAUGAGGAGUUCUUCUUGAAGAUAUCACUGUUGUUGGACCGAGAGAAGAGAGACGGCGUACAACUGGGGCGCAUCUCCAUCAUGGAAAUAACCAUCCUUAACGAUGAUGAGCCCGGAAUGGUUAUGUUCCAAAAGCGAGGCUUCCUGGUGAAAGAGAGUGUUGGGAAUGCAGUCAUCCCAGUCGUGCGCAAGAAUGGAGCUGACGGUGAAAUUUCUGUGAAAUGGCGAACUGUUGACAAGAGUGCUAUUUCUGGCCAUGAUUAUCAAGGUGGGGAAGGCACACUUGUCUUCAAACACACAGAGAUUACACAAAACAUUGAGAUUCCUAUCAUUGAUGACAUGGCCCCCGAGAAAGAUGAACACUUUGAGGUUGAAUUGUUUGACCCUGAAGGUGGUGCAAAGUUGGGUCAAAUAAAUCGAACUGCAGUUACAAUUACAAAUGAUGAUGAUUUUAACAAUGUUUUGAGCAAUAUGAUGAUGAUGACAAAUGCCAAUCUUCACUCACUGCAAGUACACCAUGAGACUUAUAUUGGUCAGAUUAAAGAUGCUCUCAAUGUGAAUGGCGGGGAUCUUGAAAAUGCAUCUGGCAUGGACUAUUUCAUGCACUUCCUUACCUUUGGCUGGAAGAUAAUCUUUGCACUGGUGCCUCCACCCAGCAUCCUUGGUGGCUGGUUGUGUUUCUUUGUCUCUCUAGCAGUAAUUGGUGUUCUCACAGCCAUUAUUGGAGACUUGGCUGCUAUUUUUGGUUGUCUUGUAGGCCUUCGUGAUUCUGUUACAGGUGUGUCUUUUCAAUUAGCACUAAAUCUUUUUUAAUUAAUACAGUUUUAG